GGCCCGGCAGGGUGAAAGUUGAAAGGUCUUUCAAAUCUGAAAACAGGAGACACGUGCAGGUUCAAAAGAAACCUUUGCAUCAGCAGCACCAGCUGCAGAGAUGGCUGCCAUCUACUCAGGUAUCCACCUGAAACUAAAGAGCCCACAGACUCCGUGGGAGGACAAACUGAAGCUAGCACGUUUUGCCUGGAUCUCCUCACAGUGCCUACUGCCCAACAAAGAACAGGUACUGUUGGACUGGUGCACCCAUGCCCUGUCACUUUACUACAAUAAAAAGGUGGAGUUUUCCCAGGAUUUCUUGGAAAGUCUGUGGUGCUACCUUGAUGAUAUGCUUCACAGCCGGAAGCUCCAGUCUUUUCUCAAGCAGGGAAAGACCAUCACUCUCAAGCUCAACAUGCCGCAGCUGCUUGACCAACUGCAGAAGUGUGCACAUGUCGGCUUCAAGUCAUCAGGGUGUGCGUCCUACAUACUGAGUGUGUUUCAGUGCAUUUUCUCUUCUCCUGCACUCUCUUCUGUUUUUACAACUAAGUAUGAACUUAUGGUUGAUCUCCUGGCCAAAGUCUGCUUGCUGGCCUGCUGUGAGCUACAGAAGCCAUUGUCCAUUGAGCACCUAAAGAAGGACUCUGCCUCAUAUCACGAUGAACCAGUGACUGAGAGUCUUCAAACUGAACCUGCUACAAAUAUGAAAACUUCCAAGACGGACUCCCUGACUGGCAGUCCACUGGAUCAGCCACAGUCAGAAGCUAAUAAAUCCUUCUCCAAGCUGAAGGAAAACCUCCGUUCAGCUAACUUAUUUGAGGUGUUGCUUCAGGUGCUGUCAUCUUAUUUGUCAGUGCAGCGACACCAAGCCAACCCUAGCAGAGUCUCUACUAUGGUCACCAACCACCUGAUCCAACCGUUAGCCCUGCUCCGAUACCUGCUGACCUCUGGAGAAUUUGCAGCGUGUCUCACUCACCUGCGUCUCCGUCAACAGCUGUGUAGAGACAUCCGCAUGAAGAUAGACUCCCUCCUUCAGUUAGCUCUCUUCCCCUCUGAGCACCUGAACUCAUACAAGGAGGAGCUUCUUCCACCUAAAGAGGACUCUGGGAAACGUGGCUCUGGAGGGACAAAAGUGCCUUUCAAGCCUGUCAGUGCUGUACUUUCCAAGCUGAGUGACCAGGGUUACUGUGAGCCAUCACUACAUUACGCUGUGAAGUCCAGUGCUUUGUCUCUGCUGUUUAAGUUUUUCCUUGAAAAAUACAGCAAAGGGAGGGUAGAAGAUGAGGAGGAGCAGAGGAUGCUGUGUUUCUACUUUCUAACCAGAUUGGUCCCAACUUUAGAUCUUCACUUUGACGGACAGCAGUCACAUCCAGCUUCCGUCCGCUCCCCAGAGAACUGGAACCUGGCUGUGCUGGCCAUGGAGUCCCUGCUAAGCCAGGCGCUGUCAGCUGGUAUUUAUAAUGUGGCUGCAGACAGGAUACGGCACAAAGACGUCCAGCUCAACUAUUACAGAGCAGUGGCACAAAUGCUCUUCAACGAGGCCCAGCCAAGUAUACCGUCAUGGUACCGCUGUUUAAAGGUGCUUUUGAGUCUCAAUCAUCUGAUUCUUGAACCAGACCUGGACCAGCUUUUAUCUUCGGCCUGGAUUAAUGCUGAAUGCAUGGAAGCACGAGUGCAACGGGCCAGACAGCUCAUGGUGUGCAGUCUCCUCCAGACCUACACUAAGCUCCGCCAACUCCCUCGUCUCUUCUCUGAGCUCCUGUCGGUGAUCUGCCAACCAGCUCUAGAUGACCUUCGACCUCCUCUUCUGUCUGAAAGCAUCACCACCUCUCUCAGGACUUGUCUUCUGGACACACCCCCAUCCCAAGGUCUAGAGAUCUGUUUGUUAAUGAUGGAGGCCAUCAGGAAAUACAUACUACCUGACCUGGUGAAGGAGAAAACAGAGGAAGAAAAAAUGGAGACUGACGGAGAACAUGAGGACCAAGAGCGAAAAGAUGCAUCUCUGAAACUCUUCACCCUCAGUCAGCUGCUUCAUGCUGUUUUAUUCAAUCUGAAGACUCUAGACAAUGCCUCUCCUGCUCCCUUAGUGAGGCAGAGUCAGGACCUAAUCAAGGGGUUUCAGGACUUGGUAAAGGAGUUGCUACACGUGGUUUCAACAGAGAAGAAGAAUACAAAUACAAGUUCAGUUCAGAAGACCCCAAGGAAAGGUAGAAAGAAUCUGGACCCCAAAGAGAAACCUUCAGAGUCUAAAACAGGAGCUCUGUGGGAGCAGAAGACCCUGGAGGCAGCUCUUCUGCUCAGGUACACCUGGGUGGAGGUGGACACACUCUUCCACAUCCACUGCAGCAAAUACACAUCACGUGACUCAGCAGCUGUAAGCGAGACUGAAAACGAAGCUACUUCGAGUUCUCCGGUCCUCUCCCGCAUAGAGUGUCUUUUAUCAGGCAACAUCUUACCUGCAGGUCACAGUCCAUCCCCCUCCUGCAGCCCAAUGAGCUGUGUGCUGCUCAAACUCCUCACUUUACAGCAGUUGAAGAAGGUUUUGUUGGACAAUGCCUUGAUGGGUGAAUCCAGCACUGCAGCACUUUUAACAAAGUCAGCCCAGUUUAUUUUAGCUAAAUCUGAGCUUGAGGUGAGUCUGGAUGGAGAACAGGGGUGGGAUGGCCAGAUAGGCAGUGUGAAUGCCAGCUCCUACUUUGCCACACACUGGUAUCUCGUUAUGUCCAAUUUACCUUUGAUUCUUCGCCACCUGAACAGAGAUGACGCGCGCUGCAUAGCUAACGUACUUAUCAGUUCAUCGCUGAACACACAGACAGAUAGAUCUGAAGAUCAGCCGCCCAGCUGUCUGACUGUCUCCCUCGUAUCGUCACAGCUUCUCCAAAGCCCAAUAUUUGCUGAGUUGCCUUCACUGUUUUCUGCCACAGUUUGGUCCCUCACACAAAGGAUUAUCUGUGUGCUCAGGGCAGCACAUGCACCCAAGGUUUGUUCUACAUUUCUGACAUUUCAGGAAAGAGAAGCAGUCUCUUCACAGAGAGAUGCCAGUCAGCCUCUGCCCACGCUGGUGAAGAAAGAGACUAUAGUUGAGGAUAUUCUGACUUCUUCUAAAACUGGAGAGACUUUUGUACUCCUGACUGAAACAGAAACCAGGGAGCUGGUAAACUUACUCCAAAUCUUAGCAACCCUAAAUCCAGAUGGGAUGAGCUCUGAUGAUCUCUCCUCUGUGUUCCUCCUGCUUUUCUUCAUGCUCACUUCCACCUCCAGUAAGCCAGACCAGAUAGCAGAAUCUGGAGGUGAUGCUCGGUUCCUAGGAAAGCUCCUCAGGAUUCUGGCUCAUCUCCUGGAGAGUAGGAAUUUCCAAAGUGUUCUGAAGCUCAUGCAUGGUGGUACUCUCUUGCAGGCCACUUUGUCCUCUCUCCUCUGGCAUAGCAACAGUCCAAGACUUCAGGCCACAUCCAGCACUGAUUGGCUGGAUUUUAUCAAAGCAGUGCAGGACUUCAUACAGACCUUGGUCGGAGUGAUAAUUAUCAGAAACAGCCACAUUCAUCUCAACCUGGACCAGUUUGCUUCCUAUCUUACCAGUGAGGAAAUGACAAGUAGACAAAAUGCUGAAUCCAGUUCAGGACCUUCCUUGUCAUCGGUUCAUCUUCUGCUGGCAUCAGUGACUUCUUUUUCCCAAGUAAUGACCUCCAACUUGGGAAAAAGCAAGCCACUGAAUCAGACUUUAACCCAAAUACUUACAAAAAUAACUGGUGUACUGGGACCAGCUGUCAAAUCUAUCCUGAAGCCCCAAAAUGUCAGUGAGGCAGUCAAGCAGCCCGCCAGCGUCCUCGGUCAAGCCUUUCUUGUAGAAGUUGUGACAGUCAUGCUGCAGUCUGAACUGUCCUCACUGUCAGUGGAGGCUGAGAACAAGCAGAAUAGCACCAAACUCACCCAUAUGAGCCUUUAUCAGGGCUUCUGCCAGCAGAUCCUCAAAGAAAUAAGCUCUGCCCCCAGGCCCAUGGACUUCCUGGUUUCCUGUCUCUGUUUCCUGUCCUUUUUUUACCAAGCAGUGCAGCUGACAGAGGAAAAAGAGGAGGAAGAAGGAGAAAUGAAGAAGGGAAGAAAGGAGUUGGAUGACCUGUACAUUCAGAUUGUGCAGAAUGUGCACAGGCUGCUAACAGCUCCUUGGCUGUCUUCCACUGAUCUUAGUAAGCUGGAGCCAGCUGUGCAGGAGCUGUUAUGCCACUUGGCGGAGAAAAGUACAAGAAGUCAGUUUAACCUACUGCUGCUGAUGAUCAGAGACGGACUCGGCACUGACAAGCUGAGGGCAGGAAACUGCAGGGAGGUGCUAUCUGCAGUAAUCAUCAUUAAGCUGCUGUCCUGUUGUCAGUUGCCUGAGACUUGCUUCAGAGCUCUGUGGCUCAUUGCACCACAGAUUAUAUCUGCUAUGGUGUUCUUAGUGAGAUCAGCCAGUCAGGACGUCUCACUGACCCUUUCCUUUACCAUUCCCAUGAUAACGUCAAUGACAACACUGCUGCGACAGGGGGAGGGUAACAUCACCAGCUCUCAUCAUGUGUCUUUGGUCUUUGGAGCGCUCCAGUCGGUCCCCCUCGACCACAUCACCCCAGCAGUCUAUCAGUCAGCGUUUUUGGCGGUUCAUGAGACGCUGUUUGCCAUCAUCCAGUGUCAUCCUCAGGUGAUGUUAAAUGCAGCGCCCUCCUUCUUAAAUGUCUUCUAUCGUCUAGUGGCAUCUAUUGUGCAGGAGGGUCGGCAAAGGGGAGAUGGUGACACAGGUCCAGACAGUGAUGUGUACUUACAGUGUUCCAGACUGAUCGAGAGGAUGUACUCUCACAUCGCUACAACCGCUGAGAACUUCACCGCACUCUCAGCCUUCAUGGUGGCUCAGUACGUCACAGAGCUGCAGAAGGUUACUCUGCGACCAGAUGUGAAGCUGCAUCUAACUGAGGGCAUAUACCUGAUACUGGAUCUGUGCAAGGAGCAGGAUAUCAGGUUUCUCAAGGCGGGACUGCCAAUGGGAGUCAGUGAGGUCUUCAAUGAGCUGUACGGCAGCUACAUCCACUACCACAAAGCACAGAGGCAAGGAGAGGACAAAUACACUGUUUAACUGCCAGAACUGCCUUUGGGUUAGGGUCAAUUUUAAUAAACAGAAGUUGGUUUGCUGGUUUCGGUUUGAGGAAGAAAAUCAGUUGUGGAUACCAGAAGAUGUCACUGCAAGAGCACAAUGUCGAUUUGUUCUUGAUGCUCAGACACAGUUUGUUGUAUAUAAGGCAAUGGAUUUUGUACCUAAGACAAUAAAUAUUCAAUUUAUAUGAUUUUGUUAAAUAUUGUGAGGAGUCCUGUCUUCAUGAGGCCAUAACCACUCAUUACAACAACUGAAAGGUAUGCAGAAGAGCGUCUCUGAACCACAGCAUGUCAAACCUUGAAGCAUGGACAGGCUAUAGCAGCGCAAGAUCCCACUGGGUGUCACUCCUGUUAGCUAAGAACCAAAAACUGAGGUGACAGUUCACACUGGCUAACCAGUUUUGGGCAAUAGAAAAUUGGAAAAAUGUUGCCUGGUCUUAUUAGUCUUUAUUUCUGCUGCAACAUUCGCAUGAUGAUCAGAAUUAUAUGAAAGCAUGGCUCCAUCCUGCGAAAUAUUAACAGUUCAGGCUGCUGGUGGUGUAAUGGUGUAGGGAAUAUAUUCAUGGCACAUGGGCACAUGUUAGUUCACUCGGUACCAAUUGAGGAUUAUUUAAACACCACAGCCAACCUGAGUGUUGUUGCUGGCUAUGUCCAGCCAUUUAUAACCACAGUGUACCCAUGUUCUGAUGGCUGCUUCCAGCAGGAUGUACCAUGUCACAAAGCUCACAUCAUCUCAAACUGCUUUCUUGGUUUACUUGCCUGUGAAAUAUAUGUAAACAUUGUUAAAUGGUAUACCAGGCUGAAUGAUGAGCCACAACUCGAAAAGGCAUCCCUGUACCCCAAAGAGUUGAUGACUCAGUUUAUGACUUUGCACAGUGAGAUUCAGUUCCUUCCUUUUUGGAUGAAGGUUUAUACUCCCGAAGUAUAAAACAACAAGAUAUAAAGAUAUAUUUGUUCCAUCAGGCACAUGAACAAUGAUAUACAAAAAAACUUUAUUUUUUUCAGUAGAUCAGCACCUUGAGUGUGUUGGUACUAUGAUGCAUUAUCCCCUCCAAAGCUGGUUCUAUGUACCGUCACCUUAAAUGUGAACAUUUAAACAGCUCAAACUGACAGUGUUAAAAGGAUGUCUGUAAAGUAGUUGCUUGAAAAUGGCCUGAGGGUUGUAACCAGACCUGCAGGUAUUGCAAACACAGUUGCAGUUCGUAUAAAUAUCUGUUUACUGCACAUAAAGCUCGGUGCAGGCAGAUCACUUUGGUUACACCCUGAAUCCUAAAGACACAAGCGCAUGUGUGACGUGAGGAGCAGAAGCUUUAAAAGACUCACUUGUCAAAUAUUUCUUUUCAGUUUCAAUGGGAGUUAGGCAAAUGUAGAAGACAGUCACAAAACAACAAGAAUAUAUGCAUUUUAAGUGUGUUUUUUUUUCAUAAAUAAAUUAAAUAUGUUUCCUCAAUCUUCCCACUUUGGCAUUUUUAUGAGCGAGUCUGACAAGUUGCUGCAAUUUUAAACCUUUGCAUUAUUGCCAGUAAUUGCAUUUCUGAAUCAUUAAUCAACAUAUAACGCAACAUUCAAAUCAUGGCACACCAUUUUUUCUGCCAUUUUAAUUAAAAAACAUUUCUGCAGGUCAUCUCAUGGUGUUUUGUACCUAUUAUGUCACCUUAAGUUACCAACACUGAAAAAUAAAAAUCAUACUGCUGGCUGUGGCUUACAUGGUAAAGCGUAUUGCUUUUAAUCACAAGGUCUGCAGAUCUGCAGGCCUCUGUAACAGUGACUUUGUGCUUCUGAAAUUAAUCCUGUUCCCCGUAAGAAAUAAAUAAAUCUUGAUUUUCUGCUUUUUCUAAGAAAAAACUUGUGGAAGCUAAAUUUUUGCCUGUAACUGAUUAUGGUGAUACACUGUAUAUGCAUGCUACCUCUUCAGUUCUAAAGAGUCUUUUUUCAGUGUACCAUUCAUCUUUAUAUUUUAUUACAAAUGCAGAGUUGGUGGGUUGGCCAUCACUGACCAUUCGACAAAAACAGCACUGGUAUAUUUUCCUCUAUAAAGCCAUUUUAUGUAUCUUCUCUGUCUUGGUGUCAAUAGUUACCAGUUAUGACCUUCUGAAUGGUUGCUUUUUGGUGUACCUAGAGUUUGGACAGAUCUGGGGAAAACAGCAUUUUCUUUCUAUGCACCUUGGAUAUUGACUAAUUUACAGAAAGACCUAAAUUUAAACAUGUCUCUAUCUAUCAUUGAAUUUAAAUGCAUAACAAGGAAUUCAGUGGAGGAGACUUGCAAAUGUUUCUUUUGAGAAGCCACUUAAUGUUUUAUGUUAUGGGUAUUUUAUAUUGUAUAUUGUAAUUGUAAUAUUGUAAUAUUUUGAGUUG